UCUCAUCAUCAUAGGCUUUAUGUACAUGAUGGAGCUAAUACCGGUCGUUGGAUCAUUCUUCAUCAUUCUACAACGACUUAUCAUGUUGUUUCUGAAAUAUUGUGUCAUCUUGGUCGUCGUUGGAGCUGUUUUUGUCAUAUUCUUCUUCACGUCUGUGUCCCAGAGUGCCACGGGCAACACAACAGGAAUUUUCGACACCUUCCCGAAUGCCAUCUUCAGCACCUUCCAGCUGAGCAUCAUAGGAUUCUCGCUAGGUACCAUCCAGGAGACUCACGUGAGGGUGGCGCGAUGCUUGUUGUUCUUCUCAGUACUGCUGGUGUUGCUUUCAUUCCUGUCGUCAGUACUGCAGAUGUUGCUCAUUGAGACCGACCAGCACAAGACGAUGACCUGGAGGCUAAGGAGGUUGGAGGCCAGCAUCGCAAUAGAAGACCGUCUCGUCCGCUGGUUAUGGGGGAUCUUGGUCCGCCACCUGCGGAGACGGAGGGAACCUUUGGCUGUCACUGUAGUCAAGACGCUGAAGGGAAGGCCAGCGUUUUCCCUAUCUCUGGAGAGAAGGAGGAAGAAGAAGGACAGAUUUGGUUCCGACUUUUCCCUCGAUGAGCUUGAAGUAGUCAUUGGCGAGUUUUCGGAAUCGAAAGAAGUAUAGUGCACGAAA